CGCACGUCAUCCGGCUCGCUUCUCGCGCGCUGGUUAAAAAGAAGACGGAGACGGAUCGGGACAAGCACGUGAGCGCGCGGAAGGCAUCGCGGGAGUGAGAGAGUGAGAGAGAGACACACACAUACACACUCAUAUACACACACACUCACUGACACAGAGACACGCAUACACACAAAUACACACGCACACACACAUACACACACACAUACAUCCACGAGUAAACUUGGUGCUACUUUUUUUUCCAUUUUUACGCACUGCUUUAACGGGAUUUAACUUUAACGCGCGAGGAAACCGGCUGUGGUUAUUGGUUCGGAUCAAUAUGCAGAUUUUUUAAUCGCCUUGCAUUAUGAAAGAAAACGUUUUUUCACGUGUCGGCUGAGCCAAAGCUGCACUUGUAGUCUAAUUUAUAAGUUGCUGGAUGUUUUUUUCCCCCCUUUAUAUAGGACACGUGAUAUUGGAUGCGAAGUUGGUUUAUAAAUCCAGCAAAAUAAAUAAAUAAAUUAAUUAAUUAAUUUUAAAAAAGAGAAAAUAAAUUGUUUGGAGAGAGAAGAGAAAGAGAGAAAGGAAAAAAAAAACUUUUCUUGUAAACCCGAAGCAGGAGAGUCAAUCUCUUAGAGCCGUUAUAUAUUUAUUUCUCUGCAAUGAGGCGUCUGAAGCUCGUGCUCGUGUUGGUGAUCGCCGCCGCCGAUGUGUGGGAGCGCGCCGACGCCAAGUGGGGCGACAAGGGCGAGCUGAGUCCGCGGAAGGGGAGAUGCUACGACGGGAGUCUGCCGAGACGUCUGAAGAAGAAGGAGCGCAAAGUUGGCGGUGGAGACCUGUGUUCCGCGCUCUAUCCGCGCGCAUCGUGCUGCCCGAGCCGCAGAGUCGCGCACCGGACAGACCCCACGAUCUUUUCCACCAAUAACACGGAGUGUUCCAGACUGCUGGAGGAGAUCAAGUGUGCCCGCUGCUCACCAAAUGCCCAGAUGCUCUUCCACUUAUCUGAACAAGAAUCGGCACGACACCGUGAACCAGACCUGCCACGUCUUUGCCUUGACUACUGUCAAGAGUUCUACUAUACCUGCAGGGGACACGUACCAGAGCUCUUCCAAGCCGAUGUAGACGAGUUCUGCCAAUACUACGGGAGAAGGAAUGGGGGCCAGUGCUUUCCUGAUUUCCACCGAAAGCUACUGCGUGGGCAAGACUCCAACUACUUGGGAGAUGAGAGAAUCGAACCGAUCAACAGCAGGAAGCAUAAGCACAACUGCUACUGUGCUCAGGAGAUCUUGAGUGGGCUGCGUCAGCCCGUGGCCAUGGUGCAUUGUGGGGAUGGAUCGCAGCGCCUGUUCAUUGUGGAGAAGGAAGGCUUUGUCCGCAUUCUCACUCAUGAUAUGGAGCUUCUUAAAGAGCCAUACCUGGACAUCCACAAACUAGUGCAAACUGGAAUCAAGGGAGGAGAUGAAAGGGGCUUGCUAAGCCUGGCAUUCCACCCCAAUUAUAAGAAAAACGGCAAGCUCUACGUCUCCUACACGAAGAACCAGGAGCGCUGGGCAAUCGGCCCUCAUGACCACAUUCUUCGUGUGGUCGAGUAUACAGUGUCCAGGAAAAACCCCAACCAGGUGGACACUAGGACCUUUCGAGUCUUAAUGGAGGUGGCCGAACUCCACAGAAAGCACUUGGGUGGGCAGCUGCUCUUCGGACCUGAUGGCCUUUUGCAUAUCUUUCUGGGUGAUGGGAUGAUCACUCUGGAUGAUAUGGAGGAGAUGGAUGGAUUAAGUGACUUCACUGGUUCAGUUCUGAGGGUGGAUGUCGACACGGACCACUGCUCCACUCCAUACGUCAUACCAUGGGACAACCCAUACUUCAACAGCACCAAUCAACCACCAGAAAUCUUCGCCCAUGGACUGCAUGAUCCUGGCAGGUGUGCAGUGGAUAAACUACACAUGGAUGCCAAUGGAAGCCUCCUGAUCCUGUGUACUGAUACGACAGGAAGAAACACAACAACAGGAAGGAUCCUGCAAAUCAGCAAAGGGAAAGAUUAUGAAAAUGAACAAUCUAUUUUUGACUUGGAGUCUACUGGUGGUGCGCUCCCAGUUGGUGGAUUCAUCUACAGAGGUUGUCAAUCAAGAAGACUUUAUGGAAGUUAUGUAUUUGGUGACAAAAAUGGAAACCUCAGAAUACUCCAGAGACCUUCUGAGGACCGGCCAUGGCAAGAGAAGCCAUUCUGCCUUGGAAGUAGCAGUUCAUGUGGUUCCACAUUAGUAGGCCACAUCCUGGGGUUUGGAGAGGAUGAACUAGGUGAGGUCUAUAUCUUGGCCUCCAGCAAAAGCUUAGCCAUGCAGUCACACAGUGGGAGGCUCUACAAGCUGGUGGACCCUAAAAGGCCUCAGGUACCUAAGGAAUGCCGGCGGCCAGUAGAAGCUCCAGAGAUGCUGAGCAGCUCCUGUUCUCGGGAAUGCAGAAAUGGGCACUGUACUCCCACCGGCAAAUGCUGCUGCAACAACGGCUGGGAGGGUCCCUUCUGCUUAAGAGCCAAGUGUGAACCUGCUUGCCGAAACGGUGGCGUCUGCAUCGAACCCAACAAGUGCUUCUGUAAGGAAGGCUUCUCCGGGGCACAGUGUGAGAAAGGAGAGCGAGGUGUACAAGAGGAUCGGGAUAAAGAUGGCAUUUUGGAUCACAUCAUUGACAUGACAUCAUAUCUGCUGGACCUCACCAGUUAUAUUGUCUAGAUAGGGCAAGGAGAGCACUCCUCUACUCCGGUCUGAAGGCAGAACUUUAAGGAGGCGUUUUUGAGGGUUUGCCUUCAGGACACCAACACCAAUGCCCCAACCUCCAACUGCAUCCCAUCUACCACGUUACUACAAUCAUCACUGACUGCACAUGUGGUGGUCCAUCAUUGGCUGGUAUUUACUCCCAAAUUUGGUUGAUGCAUUCAAAUUCUUGUUGUUUGGUUAAACCACAUGGACACAUCCUGAUAUUUAGAAGGUUCCAUUUUUUUUAAAUUAAAUUAUUGACCAAGAUCCCACACUGAGCUUCAGUGCAAAUAACAUUGGUUCAGAAUUAUAUUUGCAUAUUUUCCUCCAUGUUUCUGAUAUACAAAGCACUGUCCCAUGCAUCGCAUUACACAUCCAUAUACACACGGACAAACGAGUGUCCAAGACAAGCCUUUACAUCAUGCUAAAUGCUAAAGGGUCCAGCACUCGGUGCUUUCGCUAUGUCUUUGCUGUGUAUACUUCAGGACUCAGCCCUUAUUCCUGCUUCUAAGUUUUGCCAGUGAAAAGGACCCUUCAGAUGCCUCGAAUCACUGGACUCGCAGUUUAACCUGCACAUGGCCGUAAACCAUCUGUGCAACCAAUGAAAGACAAAUCAACAAAAUCAAAACCUAUAAUCAAGACUCACUCUGGGAAAUCGAAUGGACAGCCUAUCUGACUGAAACUCACCGCAGGAAGUCACGAUGGCUCUGGAUCCAUAACCUCACACCAAAGGCUUAGCCGAAUAACCAAUAUGAUAAAAAAUAUAUUUUGUGUGUGUGUAAACAGAACAUUGUAUCUAUUCAUUUGAUAAAUCUCAGUUUAUCCCGUUCACCAUUCAUAUUCAAUACCUAAUUGCAGUUUAAUUCCAGCAAUAUUUAUGGAGUCACUCAAUUGGGACUUGAUGCCAGUUUAUUUAAAGUUUGGUCUAGGCUAUUAAUAACCCUCAGUUUAAAAAAAAAUCAACUCAAAUCUGACGACGGCUGCCAUCAGCAUGUACUUUGUACAAUGAAAAAGUUGCAAAUCACAAACGUUUUUUGCCAAAACAGCUCCUGAUUCUGAUAUUCCUACCGAUUUUCUGAUACUCUUCAUGACCAUGCACGCUGCUUUCAAUAUAAAUAAUGUAUCAUAGAUUUACAUACAUUUCAUUAGGUUUGUGUAUGUUUUAUUGUUCCUGUUUGAACUUCAGCAAAGAAACAAGCUAGCUUUGUAUAAAUCUUGUACGUAAGACCAUUUCCACAGCAGUAUUUUUUUUCCUUUUGAGCUAGUUACACUGCCACGAGUAUAAAAGAAUAUAAGAAUAAUAUGUAGAUUAUUACCAUCAUUCACUGGGAUCUUUUUUUAUUUAUCAAAGGUCCAUGCGUCUUGUUUUUUUUUUUCAAUCACUGAAUGGUCUUCAGUUAACAGUGUCAAAAGGGAACAAGCAUAUAGUGCUGUACAUUUCUGAUAGUACUGUACUAAGAUAAGUACUACUUAGCUUUGCAAAAUAAUAUAGUAUUACUAUUGUUUCAAUAGAGGAAGGUUUAUUUUUUUAAGUGUAAUAAUAUAUGACGGGGAGAGUAUUACUAGAGAGCAGUUUUACAUUAAGCCUAUGGAUUCGCAUUGUGUCUUUUCUUGCAAAAAAAAUAAAAUCCUGAUUUCUUUUUCAUACACUACCAUUCAAAAGUUUGGGGUCACCCAGACAAUUUUGUGUUUUCCAUGAAAAGUCACACUUUUAUUUACCACCAUAAGUUGUAAAAUGGCGGCACGGUGGUGUAGUGGUUAGCGCUGUCGCCUCACAGCAAGAAGGUCCGGGUUCGAGCCCCGUGGCCGGCGAGGGCCUUUCUGUGCGGAGUUUGCAUGUUCUCCCCGUGUCCGCGUGGGUU